AGAAUCUGCAACGAACACAUCUCAAUGCCGCCAAAGGAAGCCACAGAAAAGGUAGCUGAAGACCAGUCGUCUUUCUUGAGAUCAACGAGGAAAGUCCGAGAUUUCUUCUCAAUUCCGGCUCCGGUGAAGCAGCUAUUCGACCUGGUUCCGGUUGUGACAUAUCCCCCGAAUCAAGUUCCGUUACGCGCCCCGAAGCCUGCGAGGAUACCGAGUCUCUAUGUGUUUAGCAAGGAUCAAGAUGCAGCAGCGGGGAGGCCAUCAUUCAACCCGAGUUGUCUGAAAUGGCAGACCUUCUUGAACAUCGCUGGAGUGGACCACCGUCUCGUCUCAUCGAAUAACCAUUCCUCUCCUACGGGCUCCUUGCCAUUCCUACUUCCAGCAAUUUAUGGAUCAAAUACGUCGCAAGACUCACUCGUCCCUAUUGCUUCGAAUAAAUUUGUAAAGUAUGCAACGGAACAUGGAGGCAACGUAGAGGAGUCCUCAACUAUGCGGUAUGGAGCAUACCAAUCUCUCCUUGACCACAGAAUACGGAAUGCUUGGCUUUAUACGUUGUACCUCGAGCCCCUGAACUUCUCGGCCGUGGCCUACCCGCUCUACGUCUCACCAACUUCUUCAAACUCUCUGGUUAGAGCCUCAAUAUCACACCAACUUCGAGCAGCGGCAGAAGCAGAGCUACUGAAACAUACCUCGAUCAUCGACACAGAUGAUCUGUACAGUGAAGCGGAUAAGGCAUUCGAGGCGCUUUCUAUUUUACUUGGGGAUGACUCCUGGUUCUUUGGCAAUGAUAAGCCGGCGUUAUUUGAUGCAAGCGUGUUUGCUUAUACGCAAUUGCUGCUAGAUGAUGAGCUGGGAUGGAGAGAAAAGAAACUUUGUCGAGCACUACGGAGGAGAGCAAACCUUGUACAGCAUAGAGAAAGGUUGCUUGUAAGAUACUUUGGUGGACCAUGAAUAGAAACCCUUUGACCCGCAAGACCUGGAAGUAAGAGACAUUAACAAAAAAAUGAAUUCAAUCAAAC